GAUUGUGGAGGCUGAAAUUCGAUAAGUGGGGAGCAAAACCGGUGGCCAUCUCUAGUGGAUUCUGAGCAACAAAAAAAAAGAGAAAAACAAUCAAGACAAUGAAGGAAAAAAACAAAAGUGAUUGGAUAAGCAAGCGUGUUUGUUGAUAAAUAAAAUUUUGCUGGUCGAUAGGUGCUUCCACACCGAAUGUGAAAAGUGAUUAAAAAGUGAAUGUUUUUAUACAAUUUUUGUAAAAAAAUUACAAAUCUAUAAGCGCUGUCACUGCCAGGAAAAAGGAUAACACACACCAGUUACCGUUAGCCAGCUCCACCCGCGGCUCUCUCAAGUGGGUCUGUGUGUGUGUGUGUUUGCUUUACAGUUAAUUAGGGUGGAGGCUGCGGUGUGUAUGAUAAUUUGUCGUUGUGGUCCACCCAACUCUUCCGGUUAGUGGGAACAUCAUUUUGUCGCUCAUCCUUUGAGAGUGUGUGUGUGUGUGUGUGUGAGUGCCGAGAGAGAGAGAGACACGAACUCCUCCCCCCCCCCAGAGACAGAUAGUUAAAAAAACAAAAGAAUAAAAAACAAGUGCAUCUGCCGAGCAGCACAUCGGAAUUAAUCAACUGAAUUACGGGGCAGACUCACUCACAUUCGCGUGCAGCUGCCGACGAGACAACAACAAAUGAUGGCCAGGAGAGGUCCUGCCAGCCAGUAGUGGUAGUAGUGCUAGUAGUGCUAGUAGUGGGAAAAAGGACAAAGAGGAAAGUCAAGCAAAGCGCAGGCUAAGCAAACACGCCCAUCCAACACUAACAGCAACAAUAGGGAAUUGCAAGCGGAAGGACGAACACUUCCUUCACUUGCAAUAUAUGCAAACGUCCUUGGACGCCAGCGGAAGGAGCAGGGGGUAGUCAACAACGGAGCAGGCGAAGGAUAGACAACAAAAACAAUAAAAAACAACAACAAAAACAACAACAACGACAACCGACAAACACAAUUUGAGUAAAAGGUGCGCCUAAAAGAUGGCAGCUCCCACUUCGCCAGCAGGCACUAACGGAUCUGGAGCAGGAGCAGUAGCAGGACCUGGGACAGGACUAAGAGCCACUGGCGGCCAGUGCACUGAUUUCGGAAACAACAACACCUCCUCUGAGAACGGCAUCGAAAUGCUGAAGGCUCUCUAUGACUUCCAGGCGGUCUACCCGAAAACCAUCAGCUUCGAUGAGGGCGAGUACUUCAUCCUCUACCAGACCUCCGCCCGCCAGCGCAAUUGGUGGCAGGUGGUCAGCAUGAAGGGCAACAUCGGAUUUGUGCCAUCGAAUUACGUAAUGAAGAUUAAGGUGGAGCACGACUUCCUCAUCAGUUUCCUCAACUCCUCCAUCGAGUCGCUGGAGAAGUGCACGGAGCACGAGAUCAAUGGCAUCAUGUCCAAGGACGAGCUGCUGGACAGACUGCGCGAGAAGAAGCACACCAUGGAGCGGCUAUAUGCGGAGAGCUCGGAACGGGACGGCGACUCCUCACUGUCCUACUCGCACAGCUACAGCGACAAGGGCAGCAGCCAUCGGCACUCGCAUCCCCAUCCCAAUCCCCACCAGCAAUCACAUUCCCAGCGCCGCCAGCACAGCCCCCCGCCGCAGAGCAGCGGCGGCUCCCAGCGCCUCGACAUGAGCAAGAAGAGCAUGUCCAGUCCGGCGGUGGGCAUGGUGGAGUCACCCAGCACCGGCAGCAUCCAGUUCCAGGCCAGCAGCUCCAUCUCCGGCAGCUGCACCAUCCAGACGCCUCAGCAGCAACAGCCGCUGCCAGCUCCACCGCCGGCAGUUCCGGCCACAAGCAAAUCCAACGCCGACGUGGCCCAGGACAACAGCAUCACGUCGGAGCCGUCGGAAACGACCACAACCACCACCACGACCAGCGAGGAUGUGGUGACCACUUACAAGGAGACCAGCCAGCCGAGCACCAGCCAGCACAAGGCGCAGAACGGUAGCACUGCCUCUGUUUCGGCCUCCGCCUCGGUGUCCGUGUCCGCUUCGGCGUCGGCGUCGGCCCUGCGGAGUGGCAGUAACGGGAACGGGAGUGGCAACCGGCGGGGCAGUACCGGUGGUAUGGGCAACGACCUGCAGCCGGACGAGGCGGCGGCGGACAAAUCGGAGGACGUUAGCGACGCCUGCCAGGCGAACGGAGACAGUGCGGAGAACAGCCAGGCGCUGGACAGCAUCGAGAGCUCUUCGAUGCCGCGGCAACGGAGUCUGGGCGGUCGGAGCGCCGAGGAGGGAGCCGCCGGAGCAGCGGGUGGAGGGCAGCUGAAGGUGGAGUCCUCGGAUGUGUAUCAGAUCGUCGAUGCCCUGCGGCGGAACACGAACCUCAGCUUCGAUCUCUCUUGCGAGGCGCUGCGCGUGGUGCUGACCAGCCUGGAGCAGCUGUACAAUGGCGCCAUCAAUCCCUACUUGGAGGCGGUGGCGGUUCACGUCACCGGCAAGGUGGCCACGCCCAAGGAGCUUCUCGGCAUCACGCACGACUCCAAGCGGCUGCAGUACCUCUUUGGCCAGCUGGCCGACUGCAAGAACGAUACGGAGCAAAGGACCUGGAUGCUCUACGAGGAUGAGGAGGAUAUCAUCCAGUUCCUAGAGGAGCUGGUCGAGAUUCUUAACAACGCUGAUGAGAAUAUAAGCUGCUACGAGAUGUCCUGCGACCAGUACCAGAUGUUCAUCAACCUGGUCCAAUACUACCAGAUGGAGACACGCUGGUCCAUCAAGAAGCUCCUGCUGAAGACCUUCACUGCCGCCUGUCACCUGGACUACAUCAUCGUGGACAUUCUGCUGACCUCCGUGCUGCCACUGGAAAUAGUGGAGGACAUGAAGACGCACUUCUCCAACCUGGAUCGCUUUAAGCAGCUGGUCAAGAUGCUGACCAUUAUAUUCUCGUUGGGACAGCCCAUGCCGGUGAACCAUCAGGACUAUCUGGGCGUGCACUUUGCCAGUUUCCUUCUGGAGAUCGUGGAGGGCAAUAACCCGGAGCUGCUGGUGGACAUGGUCAUCGCUCUGAUCCUGGCCUUCAACCAGCAGUUCAGCGAGCACACUUUCAACGUCAUCAUCGAGGCGAUGCAGAACCUGCCCUCCGCCAAGGUGUUCACCGAGAAGCUGCUCCUCCUGCUCAACCGCGAGGAUGACCCCACAAGGCUGCUGAAGCAUCCCAACGAGCACAUGAACACGGUGCUCCGCAUGUUCAUCGACAUCUUCAGUCAUCCGGAUACGGCGGGCAUGUUCUACACGAACGACAUCAAGGUGCUCAUCGAUAUUGUGGUGCGGCAGCUGUCCGACUUGGAUGCCGGGAGUACGACGCGACCCUGCUACCUGGAGCUGUGCCGGCGUAUACUACGGAACACCAACUACCAGGAGCACCAGCAUCGCAAGCACGACCUCAUGAAGAUCUUCACGCGCAUCUUCUGCGAGGAGACGGAGUGCAGCGCCUCCGACCAGCAGCUGGUCCGGGAGAUAGCCAACGAGUUCCCCCAGCUGUUCAAGGCCUAAACCCCCAUGGAAUCGAAACCCAAACCAAAAUGAAACCAAAAACCAAAUCCCUUCAGCGGGAUGAUCAAAAUUGUAAAGCGAAAAGCUAGUGAGGCGAGCCGAUAAAGCGAGCCAACCGUAAAGUCUUAACUUCAAUCUUGAUCAGCGAAUUGUUAUUGCAUUUGUUCAGCGUCUCAGUCUCAGUGUCAGUCUUGGCUAGCCCCUUCCUUGGAGAGGGUCACUAACAUCAUAUACAUACAUAUAUCUUAUGAACAUAGUCUGUAAGAGUGUGUCGACGGUACUAGUUUGCAUGGAACAAUAGGAUUGUAGGCGGAAGGAUAUAUCUAAUAGCCAGUGGGAGCUGGAGCCAGUAUAGGUAGUCUAUCCCGUAGGUCUAUAUGGCGAAUGGCGAGCAUUUCACGAUGAUGAUUUCACUAAUUUAGACUAGUUUAGUCAGGGACGAGGAGCAGGGUCUAGGACGAUCAGCCUCGGCCUCAGUCUCAGUCUCAGCCUCACUUUUACAUAUUUUGUAGUUAUAAUUAAUUAAUUAUUUGGAAUUUAAAAUUUGGGAGAAAAAACAAAACACACAAAAGAGUAAUGAAGUAAAACCUAAAGAUAUUUAUAGCCUAAUUAUACACCUAAUAAUGAAAAUAUACAUCCGAGAAGGAACAAAUAAUAACGAACAAGUAUUUGCAGCUAGCGAAAUCGAAAUUCAAAGGUAAAAUCGAGCAUAUAAUGUUGAAUUUGUUUAUAUAAUCUAUGAGGAGGAGUACUAAGCCGAACAGGAAACCAUUGACAAUUGUUAAAGCUCAAAUACAUAUAACAAAUUGAUUGGAAAAGUUAAAGAAAUCGAAGAAAUCGACGAAAACUGAACAAAUAACAAAAAUGAAUCUAGAAAAUGAACUGCAUCAAAAUGAACGAAAUGAACACCAGCAUUUCUCUCCCUCACACACACAGACACUAUACCACUCACUCCCUCUAUGUAUCUCUCUCUCACUCUAUUUAAAACUAAAUAACGAAACCAAGUUUGUUAUAAUCUAUUCUCUAUAUAAAGUUUAUAUUAUAUUAUAAACCCUCCAACCCGAAUCAUUUUAAACACAAGAUACAGAUACAGAUACAGAUCUCUCUCUCUGCCUUUCGAAAACUGAAAUUUCUUUGAAACUCACAAUUUUAAAUUGUUCAGAAACGGUUUUAAAUUAUAAUUAUAUAUUAUUGUGUUGUUAAGUGUAGCUGUGAGACGUUUCAAUAUCGGAUAUCGGUAAAAACUUUUAUCUAUUAUUAAGUUUAUUGUUAGGCAUUGUUAAAUUGUUUAGGAAUCAAAUUUUAAUCAAAAAAGAAUCAUCAAUUUUAACUUUCAAUUUUAAGAAUUUUAAUUAUUUUCCAGUGUUGAGUUGAAAAUAAAAAUAAAAAUAAAUAAAAAAUAAAGAGCGGCUGGUGCAAUACGAAUUUAAUUUGCCAAGUUAAAUAACGAAUACUGAUAUUUACAAUUAAAUAUUAAAUAAAAAUAUACAUGUAUUGAGAAACUAAUCUAAUCCCAAAACUAAUCUGGGGGAAAGGAAAGCAAUUGUCUUUGAAUCAAUGCCUAAAUAUUAAUCACAAAUUGUACCUUUCGAUUUUGAAUUAAAAAACAAACACUCUUGGCAAUUACAAAAAAAAAUACGAAAAAAAUAUAUAAAAUUUAAAAACGAAAAACCAAAAAGCAGUAAGCACAGCAGCAAUAAAAAAAACAAGCAACAAUAAAUGUUUAAUAGUAACUUCGUUAACAGUAACAACAAACACGUUUUAAGUCAAGCAACUAGAGUUCAUUUUAAGGAUUGUUAACUUCUCAUUUUUUAACACGAAACAGAGAUCCUAAAAACCGAUUUAAAACAAAACAAAACCAAAUACAAGUUUUAAAGCAACGCAUUCAAAAUGUAACGAAUCGAAAUUGCAAUUGUAAGAAACGAAUAAUAAAUGCAAAAUAAAAAUUA